AUGCGUCACGCUGUUCGAGCAAUUCGACGACAUCCAGAUGCAUUUAAAGAAAAGUACAAUAGCGAUCUAGCUUUGUUAGAAAUUUUUCCAGCCAUCAGGUUGGAACAUCCCAGUGAUAGAAUAGUUCUUCAUAAUGCAUCUGUACCUGUCCCACCAAAUACUUCUGUUACUACUAGUGGAUGGGGGACGAUCAGUGCUCAACGAACUUAUUCAGAAGUAUUACGAUCAAUCACAGUUCCUACAAUCAGCGUCAGGCGGUGUAAACGUAAACAUAACAAUCAAAUGUACAUUACAAAUAAAAAUAUUUGUACUUAUGAUCCACGUAAGAAUAAAUAUGCUGGAAUGGGUGAUGCUGGAAAUCCUCUAGUAUUCCACAAUCAACUGAUUGGCGUUUUAUCUGAGUACGAGCAAAAUGGAAAACCGGACAUUUUUGUGAAUUUAGAUCAUCCUCAACAUAGAGCCUGGAUUGUUACAACACUUCUGCAAAUUGCAUGA